AUGGGCGUCUUCAUCAAUCCGGCACGGGGGAUGGGGGUUGGGUUGGGCCCAUCAAUGCGGGCCAUCAAGUUUUGGUGGGCCUCCGCCCGCGCCCUUCAACAUGCGGUGGGCUCCUUACCUGGAGCGGGGGCGAACGGCAGGGUCGCCCCCGAGGAGGGCGGAGGGGGCAACUACAGGAACCAACCUAGUAAUGAUUAUGUUAGUUAUAGGAAGCAGGAGAACUGA